AUGACUCCCUCCCCAAUCGCUCUCCCAGGCCAACCCCUCUCCCCAACAACCACCACAGACAUCGGCCCCGGAACCCACAUCGACCACUCCACCAACACAAUCCACGCCAGCAUCUCCGGCCAAAUCCACACCCACAAGCCCGCAAACCCCAAAUCCCUCCCCACAACCUCCAUCUCCCGCACGAGCACGACAGCAGGCCAAAACCCCCCUCUCCUCCUCCCGACAACCGGAAGCACGAUCCUCGGCCGCAUCACGCGCCUCUCCAAAACCCAAGCCAACCUCCUCAUCCUCAGCACCUCGAGCACCCCCUCCCCCUACGCGGAUCCCUUCCCGGCCAUCAUCCGCCAGCAGGACAUCCGUCUCACGGAGAUCGCCAAAGUCACCGUCGCGUCCGCUUUCCGCGUCGGGGACAUUGUCCGCGCCACGGUGAUUUCCCUCGGCGACGAGCGUUCCUAUUACUGCUCCACGGCGCGCAAUGAUCUCGGCGUCGUCAUGGCCACGAGCGAGUGGGGCAAUCAGAUGUUUCCGGUCAGCUGGAGGGAAUUCCAGGAUUCGGUGACGGGCGCGAGGGAGGAAAGGAAAGUCGCGAAGCCGGUUUGA